AUGAUCUAUGGCGAAGGUCUCAACACUAACACCCACAGCAGCUCAGACAAAUUUUCUAUUCCCCAUCCAACCAUCGAACUCUCGCUCGACAAGACUCUCAAUGCCGGCAACCCUGACGGCUGCUUUACUUCUCAGAAGGAAGACAUGAAGCCUGCAACAAACAAUGCACAAGUCACCGCCUCUGCUCCCACAUAUGAUGACCAUCCGCACGAGAAUGAGUCGAUGCUCUUGUCCACGAAUGCGCUACGCGCCGUACUGCAUGUUGUCGAGAAUCUCGUGCCCUGGACAAUCAUGCCAUGUCACCUCGGCCUGAACCCUGUGGCUAGCACGACCCCACUCAAUGGUAAGUGGCCAUUACUCAGCCUGUGCACUGCGAACAGGUCGCGUUCAUCGGGUCCUGGUGUGAUGCCUGUCAACUCGACUACGAACACCACCAGCUCUGCCCCUGGUGGUGUCAAGGCAAAGUGCUCGAACUGCGGCAUUAACCCACACUCUGCUGUGGUGUCGCGGUCUCAACAACGAGCUCAGCUGCAACACCUGAGAGCUCUACUACAAGCUACACAAAUGCUCCUGUCCUAA